ACUAUUAUUUUGGUCAUUUAGAAGCUAUGGUWAGAGUUACUAAUAGGUUAUUGUCUCUUCAUGGGAGCUGCAUGUACAAUCUGCAAAUCUGGUGGAGAUUCAUACGAUUUGUCGCGUGGACAUAAAGUYAAACAAAUUGAUCCCCAUCGGGAUGAACAGAGACAAAGUUCUGUCGAAACAGCUGCUCGGCGCCAAGAAACAAACUGUGCYSAUCGAGAUGUAGWGGAUUCAAGCUCAUCAAAAGAUGUUAACYUGGAGGAGGUCGAAAAAGCUAAUCAUCAAGUUCAAAAAGAAUCAAAAKCUGAAGUUAUAAAAGUUGUUGAAGAACUUUCUGUGGUUGAUCAUGAGUCUAAGAUGGAUUCUCAAACAUCAUCGACAAGUUCUUCAAAAGUUGUCAAAGCUGGUCACUCGAAAACAUCGCAAAGUGAUUUAUCAAAAUUAGAGGGGAUGACUGAAGAUGAAGCUAAUGACAUCGUUAAUAAAUGUUGGCAGAAUAUUGAAAAGACCUGUGUUGCAGAUGUUAAAACAACUCAAAAUACUAAACCUGCUCCACUAGGAUGGAGAGUUAUUAGGYUAUUUGUGUCAUCUACUUUUACUGACUAUCAUGCUGAAAGGGAGCUCUUAGUGAAAAAGGUUUUCCCAGAGUUGCGUGAAUGGUGUGAAGAGCGUCACCUCCAGUUGAUUGAGUGUGACUUGAGGUGGGGUGUUCCUAAAGACACAACCACAGCCAUGACUAUUAAAACAUGUUUGAGUGAGAUUGACAGAUGCAAAGAAGAAUGUAAUGAUUCUGCAUUUUUUCUUAACAUGCUGGGAGAAAGGUAUGGAUGGAUGCCAAGCGAGGCUGAUAUUCCACAAGACAUCCAAGAUGRCUAUCARUGGAUAUUUCCUGURUCUAUAACUCACAUGGAAAUACUUCAUGCUGCAUAUCGUACCAAGAACCCUAAUGCUGCCUUCUUUCUUAGAGAUCCUGGAUUCAUUGCUGAUCUUCCCCUUGCAAUGAAACCAGCAUUUGUUGAUGAAUUUGCUCUCAAUAAAGCAUCRCUCAAGAUGUUGAAGAGGAAAUUGAAAGAGAGAUUCCCAGACCAGGUAUUUGAAUAUGKUUGUGAAUAUGAUGGAACUGAUGAAUCUACUGGAAAAGAAAAGGUUAAAUUAAAAGGACUUGGUAGUUUUGGAGAGGCUGUUUUAAAACAUUUUAAAUCAUGUAUUGAAAAAACCUUCCCUCCCUCACAGCGUGAACUCAGUCCUGAAGAACAAGAGAUUGUUUCCCAGGAUAAUUUCAUUCAGGCAAGAGGUUCACUUUUACUUGGAAGAAAAAAUGAGGUGGACAGUAUCUUAGAGUUUGCAGCCAAUGGUAGACUUCCUGGACAAACAGUACAUGGUAAUGUUUCUCCAAUGUUACUAGUACAAGGUGUUCCGGGAUCYGGAAAAUCAUCACUCAUGGCUUAUUGUACACUUAGGAUUAAGAAUGAGACUGGAAUCCUUCUCUUUUACCAUUUUGUUGGUUCUGGUCCUGGGUCUACUGAUGCCUUAAGGCUUUCAAAUCGGCUAUAUAGGUGGCUUAAAAGCAUCACAGACAAGAGUGAAACAGAGGAUCAAAGAAAUGAAGAGGAAGAAAUCCCUUUGCAUGAAAUGCAGGAAAAGAUGCAGAAAGCUUUGAAGGAGGUUGAAAAAAUGGAUAAGAUUGUUGUAAUUGUGMUUGAUGCUAUCAAUCAGUUAUCUGAUCUUGAAAGUGUCGAGCAUCUCAAGUGGAUUCCUGUGGAGAUACCGAAGAAUGUCCAUUUCAUUGCUAGUGCUGUCAAAGAAAGCCRUUCUUCUUUUCUACUCCUAAAUGAGGAAAAACGUCAAGAACCUUUUGACCUGUUUGUUGGAGAGUUAGACGACAUAGUUAAGAAGGAGAUUGUAAACCAUAUCCUUGGAAUUUACAAUAAGAAACUUGACGAGCAACAAAUGGCCCUUCUUAUAUCUAUCGAAGGAGCAUCAAAUCCAUUGUGGCUUUCGCUAUCAUGUGAAGAGUUGAGGGUAUUUGGUGUAUUUGAAAGAGUGACAAUGCAUAUACAAAGUCUACCUUCGUUUCUGGAAGGUUUACUGCAGUUCAUACUGAAAAGGCUCAUUGCCGAAGAUGAGUUUAAUAAUGUUGAGAAGGUUUUAUGUGCAUUGCUUUGCAUGAGCCUAACAGAGACAGAACUCAGGUAUCUAUUGAAAGAUGAUGAAACCAGUGAUGAUCCUCUACCAAUGCUAAAGUGGGCUGUAGUCAGACGAACGUUGAAACCUUUUCUUAGGAACACUGGCCAACAGGGUGAAGAAGAGCGUCUCGAUUUCUUUCAUGCUUCCAUUAGUAAUCUGGUAAAGGAUUACUUAAUGCCAGAUCAAAGUGUGAAACRAAAAUGGCAUUCAAAAGUAGCAGACUAUUUCCAAUAUGUCUGUAAAGAUGAACGCAGGGCAACAGAUUCAGUGGCAACACAGCUGAAAAACGCUGAUGAUAGGAAAAGACUUCUAGGUUUUCUCAAGAAUGACAUCCGUGCACAAAGGAAAAAUCCUGUUUGGAAAAAUCAAUAUUACAAGGUCAUCAUGUGUGGUCGAACGAUUCCUCGAAUUGCGAAUUUCAGAGAAGAAGUAUCUCUUUGUCAAAUGUGCAGUAUGCAACACAAAGGCUUUGGUCAAAUUGCUGGCUUGAACAAAGAUUUCUGUGUUGUCUGUGGAAAUUUUGUUCCUCCAUUUUGGAGAAAGCCAGAGCAUGUGGCGAUGCUGUGUGAGCAACAUAAACCUCGGCAUGCCCCAGGCAAGAAAAUGUGUUAUCUUUGCAACAAACCUGCAUUCUUCAAUGCCCAGACAGCCUAUGCCUGCAUGAUAUGUUGCCCAACUGGCUUCCAGAGAUGUAUUAAAAUGGUUACUUAAUGGCACAUUGAUAACAAGUAGACAAAUACUGUAGGCACAUGCACCUGCUAGGAAGUGUGGGGGGGGGUACUCCCAUAUUAAAGGGGCUGGGGGUCCUUGUCUGAAAAGCACUGUAUUGCAAAAUUAUGGGUGUGGCAGUGAUGAAAUUUCGCCCMCUAUGAGUGGCCAAUCAAUAACCUGAUAUUUUGGCCAAUUUUCUCAGUUUAUUUGUGCUUUGACACUAGCAUCAAACACUGCCUGCUCAUAUGAGUUUAUAACAAAGUACUACAGGGCCAUCUAAUAUCCUAAAAAGGGACACACAGCUCAGGUGGUGKGAGUUUUUAUUCAUAAUCACCCCAAGUGGGACUAAARCAACAAUUAAACACAUAAUAAGGACACUCUUUUACAAAGGGAGUUCUKAGACCCAUAUCCCUCACCCCCUGGAAUGCACCUAUCAUGGACAGGUAUACAAUGUCAGUAUUACCAUAAUAGCCUUUUUACUCUUCUGCUGCUCUGGAAACUAUAUUUUGAUGUAGUAGAAAGUUAAAGAUUGUUUUGGGGCUUCCUGUGCUCUCUAUACAGUACAAAAAAGUCCAAAACACAUGUUUUGUUGCAUAUGAUGCCAUUGUGAAAUAAGGCCCUUAGGAAUAAUAUUUUAGAAUAGCUGAUUAUUAUAUGAAGUAUUAUGUAUGCCCAGAUUUAUAUUCAAAAGCACUUUCAAUAAACCAUAGCUCCAAUCAAGCAUAAAA